AUGCCAUGUCCCUGUCGUAGUCUUAUGGAAGAAGAAAAUAUACUUUCUGAACUUUAUGUUCAGCGAAGUGUUUCAUGCCAUAGGAGCUUCCCUGACUAUUAUGGGGCCUAUUAUGAAAGGAGUGAAGACUCACUUUGGAUUGCCAUGGAAUUCCUUUCUGGCGGCUCUGUAGCAGAUUUAAUUGAGACCAAGAAUUAUUCCUUGGGAGAGCACUGGAUAGCCUAUAUAUGCAAGGAAGUAUUACUGGGCUUGACUUACUUGCAGGAGAUGAAUGUGAUCCACCAUGACCUUAAGGGCCUCAAUAUAAUGCUAACAUCAAGCGCCCAAGUGAAGAUAAUUGAUUUUGGCCUUGCUACUGUGGGAUCCAAAAGUAACAGCACAGCAGGAACCAUCAAUUGGAUGGCACCCGAAGUCUUUGCCUGCAUUGAGGACAGCACAGCACAAUAUGACUUUAAGGCUGAUGUGUGGUCCUUAGGAAUCACUGCAAUAGAAAUGGCAGAAGGCUGUGCACCAUAUAUGGAACUGAGUGAUACAGAGAUUUAUACCAAAAUUAUGCAUGAUCCGUCUCCAGGACUAACAUGGGAAGAAUGGAGUGUUAUAUUCAACAGCUUUGUUGAUCAUUGUCUAUGUAAAGAUCCGUCCAGAAGACCAAGUGCAGAACAACUCCUGUCUCAUCCAUUCAUCACUUACAAUUCGUAUCACAUGGAUGAUGUGAAAAAUAGAAUAGCACAGCACAUACAGAAAGGAGCAAAGAACUAAUACAGCAUUUAGAAAGGAGAGGAUUUUGUAUGAACGGCUACAAGCAGAUCCCAUGAAGCAUUAAUGAAUAAUAUAAUAGGAAGAGUUUCUGAUGUUAAAACUGAAACUUGGCUUCUUCAGUAUGUUCCCAGAAAAGGGAAGGGAAGGAAAGGGAUGGGAACUUGAAGAGCCACAGUAUAUCUAUUGCUGACAAAAAACAGAACUACUAUUUUUGUAAUUAUUUUAUAGAAUAUUUUCUAUAUUUAAAAU